AUGUCAACAACAGAGAACACAACAACAGUUAUAGUCCAUGAAGCUAUAAAUGAAGAAUAUGAGUGGAUACAAUAUAACAAACAACUCCGUCUCAUUCGUUCGGUCAAAGACGAUAUGUACCAAAUGCAAAGUAUUUUGACAGCAUGUUUUGCUCCAGACACUAAACACGCAGACGACUGGUUCAGAAACCAAAGCACACAAGAACUUUUGAGUGAAAUUUCUCUAGACCGAGUUUUUUCGGGCUUGCAUAAAACACAUGAAAAUCGUAAAAAUUUGCCAAUAAAUUUAAGAGGAUAUUAUGUACAUAGACUUUUAGUAAAUGCAGUUGCAAUGUGGGCUUCUCCUCGUUAUGCAUGGCAUGUUUACAGACUUCUUGACGAAAUUCAUAGACAAGAACGUGAAGAGAUGGAAAAGAAACUUCAUGCAAAAGAUGAAGUCAUUGAAGCAAAAGACAAAAGCAUUCAGAAAAGAAUACCACGUUCGGUACCAAAAGGUAAGGAAAAGAACUAUAAGUAUAUGAUUUAUACUGAAGAGAUGGAAAAUGAAGAAGAUAAAGAUAUGGUUAUGUUGCAUUUAGUCAGAAGAAACAACAAAAGCUUUUACGACCUUGCUAAGAUUUACAAAUCUGACAGAAAUUGGUUCUAUCGCGAAAACUUACCGAUUUCAAUGACUCCAAAUGAAGAUGUGAAACAAAUAGUUCAAGAUACUUUACCUCAAACACACUAUGAUAUGAAAGGUUGUACAAUUCUUACCUUCAAAGAAGAUUUGCCAUUGUUAAAGGAAAAAAUAACAGAGUAUUUUGACAACUUCAAACAAGCAGAGUAG